CAUAAUAAUGUGGCAAUAUACUUUUAAUUGUGAAUACAAAUGGUUUUUUGUGUGUUUUCGUUUUGCCAAGGAAGUCUACGGUUAACCAAGUACCUCUGCCUGGUGAUAAGGUCUGAAGAUCACCUUACUAAUCAAUAUGUCUACCGCACCUGAAAAUCAAGUAGAUGAACUGGCCACUUUAAGAGAGGAGAUAGAGACACUUCGACAAAAUUUAGUUGACAAAAACCGACAACUACAGGAUUUGCAAGCAGCUCAACGUGCAACUGCAGCUGCCAAUAAUAGUGCUAGCAAUGGAGUCCCAGCUAACUUUUCUACACCGCAUGAUAACGAUUUAACAAAAGAUGAAAUUGAACGUUACAGCCGACAACUCAUACUUCCUGGGUUCGGUGUUACUGCACAAACAAAAUUAAGAAACUCUUCAUUCCUGAUUGUAGGUAUGGGUGGUCUUGGUUGUCCAUCAUCUCAAUAUCUAGUUGCAGCAGGCAGUGGUCGCAUAGGUUUGGUAGACUAUGAUUUAGUUGAUCGCAGCAAUUUACAUCGUCAAACGUUACACACAGAAUGCACCAUAGGCCUGCCCAAAGUGGAAUCAGCCAAAAGUGCUUUGUUGCAAAUAAAUCCAAAUUGUGAAAUUAUUACCCACAAAACUCUGUUGAAUAGUGGUAAUGCACUGGAAAUUAUAAAACAGUAUGACGUUAUAUUGGAUUGCACAGAUAAUGUUGUUACACGUUAUAUGCUCAACGAUGCUUGUGUACUGCAACAUAAACCUUUGGUAUCGGGCAGCGCACUUCAGUUUGAUGGUCAAUUGACAGUUUAUCAUUAUGGCGAAAUAUGUCCUUGCUACAGAUGUCUAUUUCCAGUGCCACCUCCACCGCAGGCAGUAACAAAUUGUGGCGAUGGCGGCGUAAUGGGUGCUAUUACCGGCGUUAUCGGUUCCAUGCAGGCGCUAGAGGCAAUUAAAGUUGCUACGGGUGUGGGUGAAACCUUAGCCGGUAGACUACUUAUCUUCGAUGGUGCGAAUGGUAUAUUUAGAAAUAUUAAAUUACGUGGUCGACGUAGCGAUUGCAAAGUUUGCUCAACAAAUCCAAUGAUUACUCAACUAAUUGACUAUGAAUUUUUCUGCAGCAUGCAUGCUUCUGACGAUAACCAAGCGCUACAAUUGCUCUCACCAGAGGAACGUAUAGAUGUGCGUCAAUAUAUUGACAUGCGUUCAGAGCCUCAUUUAUUAAUAGAUGUGCGACCACCAAAUGAGUUUGAGAUUUGUCGUCUUCCCUCAUCAGUUAAUAUGCCACUGAAAGAUGUAUUGGACAAUAAAUUCGUAGAAGAAUUUCAAAAUGAAUUAGAUGAUAAGAAAUUACCCAUCAUUUUAGUGUGCCGGCGUGGUAAUGAUUCGCAAAUAGCAGUACAGCACAUGUGUAACAAGUAUCCCUCACACACGAUACGUGAUAUUGUUGGUGGCCUUUAUGCUUGGCAUUACCAGAUAGAUAACGAGUUUCCAAUCUAUUGAUUUUGUCAAUAAACGUUAUUUACAUAUAAAUGUAUGUGUAGAGUGUAAAUAUAUGUAUGUAGUUAUUUAUUAAAUAA